AUGUCGCUGCCGGUGGUGGUGCCGGGCUCCUGCUGCCCCGUCCCGGGGCUCGCUCCGCUACCCCAGACGGCCGCAGCCGGCACUACCGGCAGGGCAACGGCCUCGCUGUCCGCCACGGCGGCCGACCUGUCCGUGCCGCCUUCCCGCUCCCGCGGCUGCCGCCCCAACCUGUCGCCACACCGCAGCCAGCGCCCGGCCGCCCGCUCCGUCGCUUCGGCCGGGGGAGUCAACUUGCCGCAGCAGCGGCCGCUGCUAUGGCUGGGGCUGCUGCAAGUCGUCCUGGGCUGCACUGUGGUGGCGCUGAACUUCGUAGCCCAGUCGCUGAGCAGCGCCCAGCAGGUGAAGAAUGCCUGUCCCUUCUGGGUUGGAUCUUCGGUAAUCUUAUCUGGGAUCUUAGGCCUAACAGCAUGGAAGAGGCCGAUGGUGCAUUUGGAUAACCUAUUUGUUGCGCUGUCUUUUGCUUGUGUUCUGCUGAGCCUGUCUGGAUUUAUCUUAGGAUAUCAAGGCAUUCGGUUUGUGUCCAGUGUACCCAGAUGCGAUUUGGUGGAUAUGGGUGAAAAAAAGAUUUGCUUUUGCUGUGAAGAAUUUCAUCUCACUAAAUGCACAGAAGAGGCUGUGCUGAUGCUAUACCACCUGAAGUCAUGCAGUGCUUCUCACCUUCUUCUCAAGAAAGUUCUCUCUGCUCUUUGUGCCCUGGAUGCUUUCACCGUCACAGUUUGCUUGGUAGUGACUGCCCUUCAUUACUUGCAGAAUUUUGCAACAAGAUCCUGCAGAGCUGAAUCUCAGGCUGAAGACCAAGAUCACGCUUUGGAUCUUGAUGAUUUUGUCCCACCUGUGCCACCUCCCUCCUAUUUUUCAACUUUUAAUUCAUUUACUCCAAGAGUGGCUUGCAGGAUGCUUGGCUCUGAUGUGAUUCCAUUGCCCCAUAUUUAUGGAGCACGAAUCAAGGGCAUUGAAGUGUUCUGUCCUCUGGAGCCACCUCCUCCUUAUGAAGCUGUGCGGAGCGAGAACAGCUCUGAUCAGGAAAGUGCAGUCCAAAUACAUGUCAUGGAAUUUGAUGGUGAUCCGGAGGAAGUGAGUGACAGGGAGGCUUCUCAAGGAGAAGAAAUUCCUGAGCCUUCCAGCAGAGAGAGCCGUUCCCCUUCAAAUGCAAGCUGGGCGCUCGCAGAGAGAGCCGGCGGAAGAGCCUUCAAUCCUUUAAUGAAACGGUCCAGCAGUGAUCCUUUGUUGUACUGUCGGUUUCUCCAAGAGGCAGUGCCCAGCUGUGAAGCUGCCACGCAGACUGCAGCAAAACUACCACUCUCUGCUGUCACCUUGCGGAACAGUUUGAGAGAAAGACCUUUGAGGGGAAGACCCCGAUCUUUGAUAGACUACAAGUCUUACACAGACACAAAACAGCUUGUGGCAUGGAUCCUAGAGCAGUCCUCCUGCAGCAUGAGCCCUGACAUACACAAGUUGGUGGAAAAUAUCAAGUCUGUUUUAAGAUCAGAUGAGAAACAUAUGGCAGAAGCUAUCACCAGUGCCACGUUCCUUGAGCAGAUGUUGUCACCUGCCCAUCAAGCCAUGCCAUUGAAUGUCCAUGCGUUAUCUUCCGGACAGCAUCCUGGACUGCUUCACCUGGAGAGAUGUGGUGACCUGAGUACUUUCACCACAGAUAAAGAUGAACUGGCAAUGAGGGGGAUCCAGAAAGCAGAGCAUGAACAGCCUCCCAGUGUUAUUGGUGUUGUCAGGGAAACUGUACUUUGAGCUGGUUUCUGUUUGUUCCUCUGUAGAGCGCUUCUGUCUAUCAGACAUAGGUGCUACACGGGAAAAUUAUCUCUGCCCUUCUCAAACUAGGUGGGUGGAUGAGCGUGUUGAUAAUCCAUUUUCUUUUUACACCCCCACGCUCGGACUUCUAAGGGGAUGCUUGUUCUACAAAGCCUGUUAAACAGAUUGUAAUCAGGCCUGUAUUGGCCUCUCAGGUGCAACUAGUCUUUUUGUAGUACAGUACUGCUCUGUCGCACCUCUCUAGUCUGUCAGUAGUUAGGAUGGAUUUGCUUUUUUUACCUCAGGUUACAAGAGAGAUGGCAGAACAGCCCUAUGCCUUGGUUUACUGAGGUGAGGCAAGGUCAGUUAACGCACUUUGUAUCUCAUUGGAGAGCAGGGUCGGUGUUGGUGCCUCUGUUCAUCUGGUGUGUGUUUCCAUAUCUCCACUUAUAUUUUUGUAAUUCUUUUCUCUUUUGUUUUUCUUGGCAUAUAGCAAUUUACUUCCUAGUAGAGGUGCUUAUUAUGUACCAGCUGCCAUCCAUGCUGGAAGCACAUAUGAAGCAGUUAGGUAACACUCUAACAUUUUGGCAAUCUUAACCACUAGGCCAGUGACCCAUGAGUUCACACCUCUGGCUAUUUAUCAAACAUAUAUAAAAUUAUCCAUGUUCCUUUUUUGGGUUAUGUACAGGCGUUCACCUAAGCAAAGGCCAGUAAUUGGUGGUGUUUUCAUUGUGGUCCCUAUAUACUACCAGAGCCCUCUGGCUUGUGGUGGGCAAGCAAUCACAGUAUUACCUUUCACCAGUAUGUUUAUAAUUCAUUAUACAAACUAAGAUCUUACAACUGACUCUGCUGACUUACAGAUAUAUGUACCAUACCUACUGGUGUAAAAAGCACCCUAUUUGAUAAAUAGCAAGGACU